GCAAAAAGUGUUGCAACCGUCCCACUCUUCCUGUUCAUUAGAUUUAUUUGAUUAUAAAAGCAACAGAACUUAACGAUUUUAACGAUUACUAGAAGUGUCCGCCUUGCCCUUAUUUAACUCCUCCCAUAAAUGCAGCUGCCUGCUUGCGUCUACUCUCAAGCGAGUCGAGGCGAGGCGAGGCACUUCAACAACCAACCUUUUGUUUGAUAGAUAGUUGUCAGGGCGUCAAGGUUUAUGUGUCAAGUGAAGAUUAUGAAGGUGUCAAUCUGUUCAUCGUUUGGUUUCUGGAGUUUGCUCAUUUACUGUAGUUUGUUUGUUAUUGCAAAUGCAAAUAUCCACCAGGAUGAGGAUGAUGCAUGGACUGAUCCAAAUGACUUGAUAAACUACGACUCAACGUCAAAGCGCAUGAGAAAACCAGCAAUGACUGUGCAACAGUGUCCUGAUGCAUUCGAGUGGAUCAAGAAACUAGAGAGUUUGCAGAAAAAGUUUGAUGAGCAGAAAAAGGAGGAGACAACCACCUCUAUAAAACCAGUUUGUCUUUCAGUAUUCAAGCGAUUCCUUUCCAGGCUCCUUAAAGAAACUUCAAAACUUGGCCUGCCUAACGAUGGACAGACAUCCAUGCAUUAUGACGCUGAGGUGAAGCUGUCCAAGCAGUCGCUGGUGGAGAUCCAGAAGCUUCUGAAUGAAGAGAACGACUGGACCACUGGAGCCAUGGAUGAGGCUCUCAGUCAAAUUCUGCUCAGAUUCAAACUCCACGACCACGAAGCCUGGAAGUGGCAUUUCGAAGACACAUUUUCUGUAGAUGCUGAUACCGCUCUGAAGGUUUCUUUGAUUGUUCUGAUCGUCGUAGCCAUAAUCAGCACUGAGCUCUGGUCUGUGGUCUCCUGGUUUGUCCAGUUCUGGAGGAUGUUUGCUUUUUGCUUUUUUAUUAGCUUGAUCUGGAACUGGUUCCAUCUUUAUAUGGUUGCCUUUGCAGAACACAAGAAGAACAUUGUGGAGGUGGAGAGCUUCAAUGACAAAUGCACUGGGCUGAAACAACUGGACUGGAAAGACAGUUUAUCAGAGUGGUACAGACGGACAUGGACUCUUCAAGAUGAUCCUUGCAAAAAGUACUAUGAGGCCCUUUUGGUGGACCCCAUUUUGACUGUGCCUCCAACAAAGGCUAUCACGGUCACCAUAACCAGUUUCAUCACAGACCCCUUGAAGCAAAUUGGGCAGGGAAUCAGUGAGUUCCUCAGAGCCCUGCUGAAGGAUCUACCGAUCACUCUCCAGUUACCUGUGCUGCUCAUCAUUGCACUCGCCAUCAUUGUGUUCAUGUAUGGAGGUGCUCAAGCAGCUAUACAUCAAGCAGUUCACUUUCCCCAGCUCGGUGGGCAACAGGGUCCACCGCCUCCUGCUGUAGGACAGCACCAAGCUCCUCAACUAGAGGAGCAUGAGGAAGCUUGGGAAGGAGGUGACUAAGGAGGUAAACUAAUUUGAGGGAAAGGCACUACUAUGAAGCAAAGUUAAUUUAGAAUAAGAAUAAUGAACGGGUAAUAAAUUGUCUAUAUGAGUGCAAUAAUUCCAAAUAAAUGUACAAUAAAAUUUAAAUACAUUUAAAAAGAAAUGUUUCCUUUUUGCCGCCCUGAUUG